AAUUUAGUAAUUAAUAGAGGGGAUAAUGAGAGUGUGGCAAAUGGAGAAGCUUCGUAGCAGUAGCAGUGCAGCUUCUGCUGGCGCUAUUGGCUACAAAUGGAGAGUGGUGGUGUCGCCACCAUCCGCGGCGGCGGACUUCUCCUGUUAGCAAAACCCCGCUCCAAAUUUCUAUUCAAAAGCCCCAGUUUUUACUCUCCUAUUAUUACAACCACCAGCACCUUCUCCGCCAGGUAUAGUCGCUGGGAUUCCAAUGCCGAGACCGUUGGGUCCAAGAAAUUCAACUUCAAGUUUCGAGAUGGAGAAAAUGAUGAUAUUGAAGAACAAAACGAAGAAGUAGAAGGCUAUAGAAGGAAGGGCAAGAAGAGGAGGUGGUGGUCGGGUGAGUCACCAGAUAUGGAGGAAGAAGAAGCUCCCGGGAUUUUGGAAGCAGCUAUUGAUAGUUUAUGGAUUUUUGAGGUAGUUAAAUCCUAUGGUUGGCUUCUGCCACCCAUCGUCAUAUCUUGGUUGCUAGCUUCUGGCCCUAAAGCUUUCCUUAUGACAUUAGCAAUCCCUCUUGGGCUAUCAGCCUUAACUUUUGUGUAUAAACUGUUGUGGGGGAGGAGACAAAGUAAACCUAAACGCAAGGCAAGAAAGAGAAUGAAGCCAUUUUCGAGGAAGCCAAGCAAUGUUGAAAUGGAUGAGAAAGAACAAGAAGAAAUGCAGGAGGCUGGAAAGGGAGAUAGAGGGUUUCGGUCUUGGGUAGUUAACGAUGAUGUUUCGGUUAAUGAGGAGAGACGAGAUGCAUCCUACUUUGGUGGAUGGGAUGAGCUGGAUGGAAUGGAAUCGAAGAAGCACCCACCUCGAAGGGCAGGCCAGUCUCGAAGAGCACCAUCUAGAAAUGGCAAAUUGGGUAAGAGAGAGAAAACAAGUGAUGCACCUUUGCUCUUGAGAUUGUUGAUUGCUGUUUUCCCAUUUUUAGGUUCCUGGACAAAGAUGCUUUAGUGACUUCUAUAUUUCCAACAUGCAAAGAUUGAUUGUGGCGUAUGAUUAUUAUGAGUUUUACUUGCAAGUUUGAAGCAGGAGUCCAGGAUUUCAAAGGGGUUGUUUAUCUUCGUUCUUACUGAGGACCUUCCACGCCAUUGGGAUAGUAUAAAUCCAAGCUUUAUGGAAUCAAUAAGUACAUCCUCAUCAUCUUAGUAGCUGCUUCUUAUCCGGGAUGUAGGUCUUCUUUUGUUUCCCCAAAUUUUCAAACGGAUUGAAUUUUUUCCUCGCUGUAUAUCAUAAACAUCAUGAUUUUGAAAUCAUACUAUUUAGAUUAUAUUAAAACCA